CAUGACAGUGUACGCCUUGCGCAGCCAGACUGUUCUGCUUCACUCCUGCGCAAUGCAAGCCAGUGCAGUCACACGAUGUUUUGAAUUACAUGCGGCUGGAGCAGGCUAUUCUUGUUGGAGCUAGUUAUUUUCUGUCUGGCUAUGCAUGCGCUAGACGCGUCAGGGUAGCUGCCCGUGAACUGAUACGGGUGAGCCACGUUGAAGACAUGGCAGAGUUUUUUACACGAUUGAAUGCUUUGAAAUUGGGAUGGCGAUUUCUCAGCCCAGGUAGUUUGGGGAGGAACCCUGUCCAUGUGUCUCCAGCCUCUCAACGCUUCUAUAGUAUAGAGCACCCCUCCUUCGGACUUCUGUUUGAUAUCGAUGGAGUUCUAGUGCGUGGAAGAACACUCAUACCCGCAGCCAAACAGUGCUUCAGGAAUCUGGUGGAUAGAAAUGGGAAAUACAAAGUUCCUGUUGUCUUCGUGACAAAUGCAGGGAACUGUGUUAGGCAAACGAAGGCUGAACAACUGUCUCACCUGCUUGAAGUCGAGGUGUCUCCGGAUCAAGUCAUGUUGUCCCAUAGUCCGUUGAAAAUCUUCAGCCAGUUACAUGACAAAUGUGUGCUUGUGUCUGGUCAGGGACCUAUUUUGGAGGUUGCCAACAAUCUUGGAUUUCAAAAUGUUUUGACCAUUGAUAUGCUUCGGGAAUCAUAUCCCCUUCUUGAUGUGGUGGAUCACAAUCGCAGACCUAAAAACUCAGUACCUUCAACCAAGAAUCUUCCACCAAUAGAAGCUGUUAUUCUGUUUGGUGAGCCGAUCAGAUGGGAGACGAACCUUCAGCUAAUUGUGGAUGUUCUCCUCACUAAUGGGAAGCCUGGGAAUGCUGUAACCACUCUGCAGUAUCCCCACAUCCCCGUGCUAGCCUGUAACAUGGACCUCCUGUGGGUGGCGGAGGCCAAAAACCCAAGAUUUGGGCACGGGAUGUUCCUCGUCUGUCUGGAGAGCAUUUACAAGAAGAUCACUGGUCGUGAGCUGAAGUACGAGGCCUUGAUUGGGAAGCCCAGUGUGGUGACCUACAACUAUGCAGAGCUGCUGGUCCGCCAGCAGGCGGAGAAUCUGGGCUGGACUUCUCCUGUCGAGCGUCUUUAUGCCAUUGGUGACAAUCCAAUGGCAGAUAUCUACGGAGCAAACCUCUACAACCGCUACCUGAAAGCCUCUCACCGUGCCAGGGCCCAGAUGCAGGCUCAGGGAGGGGGACAUCCCAGGGAGGAGAUGGUAGAGGUGGCAGGACACGAAAUGGCCGUGGGGGACUCCUACGGCGACGAACGUCUGCCUGUAGGCUGCAGCUCCAUCCUGGUCUGCACGGGGGUCUACAACCGUGACCAGCAGGACCUUCCUCCGGACCCGCAGCAGGCGGUCGAGCAGCGCAUCUUCCACGGGCACCGCGACUUCCGCUUUGAUCCCAACCUCACCCAACCGUCCUUUGUCGUGCAGGACGUGCGCGAGGCCGUGGAGCUGGUCUUCCAGCAGGAGGGCUGCCCACUGGACUAGAGCCGUAAGCUUCUGAUGAGCACAGGAGGGUGGCUAGCCCUGAGCUGGGUUAGAUAGAUUUCUCACCUUGGUGUAUUUGGGGGGGUGGUGUUAUCACCGGCCAUCUUAUAUUUUACUGUAUAGCAGGUACAAAAUGAUGAAAGACAUAUGGUAAUGGUUUACCAGAAUAUAUUAGCAAAUGCCAAACUGGCCAUUUAGGUCAUUUAUUUCUGAAUAUGGAUGAACCUUGAUCGUCUGAUCAAAGAUCCUUUGGUCAAAAUGAUAAUGCUCUUUGUCUUUCAUCAUUCAAUACUAUGCCAGGGUUGACAAGAUCUAAUGUGGACAUUGAUCUGACAUUUCUUCAGACAGACCUGUGUACAUAUUACUCAAACAACUCCAUACAUAGUAAAUUCUGAACCGAGGUCAUUAAGUGUACUCCAUCCAAUUUAAACACGAGAGAUUACUUGUUAACACAGUCAGGGAAUUCUAUGCAGUCAUCUGGCACAAAUAGACUUUUAAGAUAAAUACAUUUAUAUAAUGUAUAUACACAUCUUUACUGCCGUAUGGAAAUUCUGUAUGCACGCACAAUAUGUGGUUACUAAACAUGCUUAUUUUCACUCAGUUCAGUUGUGUCAUUGUGUGUGUGUGUGUGUGUUUUUUUUUUUUACUGUAAACUUGAGAACAAACAGGAAAAUGCUUUUUAUUGAAGCCUUUUGAUUGGCUUUGCAGAUUGGAAAAAAGUCUCAUCAUUUUUACAAGUUUUAUUGAUUUACACAACCAAAUGAACUUCUGCACUACUUUUGGUAUGCAUAUUAAAUGUACUGAAAUAAUUUUAAGCCAUAGAUCUGUUUGAAACAUGUUGUGAAUAAAUACACUGUUCAAGUCAGUUGUUGACAAGA